AUGAACGAACUGAACACGAGUCUUUUCGACUGACCGACACAGUAGGGUUGAGGGGUACCUUGCCUACAUCGAAUAUCGAUCCGGGAUUCGAUCGAAUCGAUACUCGCUACGGUCGUCGUCGACGCCUUGUCAAGUGCGAGAGCGCCCAGACGACCACUACACAGCAGCUUUUCGCCAAAACCGACUACUUCUUCCCGUCGCUGGCGGCUUUGACGCCCCGCGCACAUCUCGUGCACUCCUAUUCAAAGGAGAAUCUUACCGGAAAUCCUUAUUAG